UUUGCCGCCACCGCCAUGGACAGUAGCACCUGGAGCCCAUCGCCCACCACCACUGCUGCUCCUUUGGAAUCCUAUGAGCGCAUCCGAAAUGCUGCAGACAUCUCUGUCAUUGUCAUCUACUUUGUGGUUGUGAUGGCCGUCGGGCUAUGGGCUAUGUUUUCCACCAAUCGUGGGACAGUUGGAGGUUUUUUCCUGGCAGGCCGAAGUAUGGUGUGGUGGCCGAUUGGAGCCUCUCUCUUUGCCAGUAACAUUGGAAGUGGCCACUUCGUGGGGCUAGCUGGGACUGGAGCAGCUUCAGGGAUCGCCAUUGGAGCCUUUGAAUGGAAUGCCCUGUUUUUGGUGGUUGUGCUGGGCUGGAUAUUUGUUCCCAUUUACAUAAAGGCUGGGGUGGUGACAAUGCCAGAGUACCUGCGGAAGAGGUUUGGAGGCAAGCGGAUCCAGAUUUACCUUUCUGUUCUGUCCCUGCUGCUCUAUAUAUUCACUAAGAUCUCGGCAGACAUCUUCUCUGGAGCCAUAUUCAUCAAUCUGGCUUUGGGCCUGGAUAUAUACCUGGCCAUUUUUCUCUUAUUAGCAAUCACUGGGCUUUACACAAUCACAGGGGGCCUGGCAGCUGUGAUCUACACGGACACCUUGCAGACAGCAAUUAUGCUGGUGGGGUCUUUUAUCCUGACUGGGUUUGCUUUCAGUGAAGUGGGAGGGUAUGAAGCCUUCAUGGAAAAGUAUAUGAAAGCCAUUCCAACCUUAAUUUCUGAUGGAAACACCACCAUCAAGGAAGAAUGCUACACCCCAAGGGAAGACUCCUUCCACAUCUUCCGAGAUCCCCUGAAGGGAGACCUCCCAUGGCCUGGGCUCAUCUUUGGGCUGGCCAUCCUCGCCUUCUGGUACUGGUGCACAGAUCAGGUGAUUGUGCAGCGCUGCCUCUCAGCCAAGAAUAUGUCUCAUGUGAAGGCUGGUUGUACCCUGUGUGGGUACAUGAAGCUGCUGCCCAUGUUCCUCAUGGUGAUGCCAGGGAUGAUCAGUCGCAUUCUCUACACAGAAAAAAUUGCCUGUGUCCUUCCUUCAGAAUGUAAAAAAUAUUGUGGCACCCCAGUUGGCUGUACCAAUAUCGCCUACCCCACCUUGGUGGUGGAGCUCAUGCCUGAUGGAUUGCGAGGCCUGAUGCUGUCGGUUAUGAUGGCUUCUCUCAUGAGCUCCCUAACUUCCAUCUUCAACAGUGCCAGCACCCUCUUCACCAUGGACAUCUACACAAAGAUCCGGAAGCAAGCAUCUGAGAAAGAGCUCAUGAUUGCAGGAAGGUUGUUCAUUCUCUUUCUGAUUGCCAUCAGUAUUGCCUGGGUGCCCAUUGUGCAGUCAGCACAAAGUGGGCAGCUCUUCGAUUAUAUCCAGUCCAUUACCAGUUACUUGGGACCACCCAUUGCAGCUGUCUUCCUGCUUGCUGUUUUCUGGAAGAGAAUCACUGAACCUGGAGCCUUUUGGGGACUCAUCCUAGGAUUUCUGAUUGGGAUUUCCCGUAUGAUUACUGAGUUUGCCUAUGGAACUGGGAGCUGCAUGGAGCCCAGCAACUGUCCCACCAUUAUCUGUGGGGUCCACUACUUGUAUUUUGCCAUUAUCCUCUUUGUCAUUUCUGUCAUCACCAUUGUGGUCAUCUCCCUCUUCACCAAGCCCAUUCCGGAUGUGCAUCUCUAUCGUCUCUGUUGGAGUCUGCGCAACAGCACAGAGGAACGUAUUGACCUGGAUGCAGAAGAGGAGGACCUCCAAGAAGCACCGAAGGAUACCAUUGAAAUUGAUACAGAAGUACCUGAGGAGAGAAAAGGGUGCUUCAGGCGGGCCUAUGACCUGUUCUGUGGGCUGGACCAGAAGGGACCCAAGAUGACCAAGGAAGAAGAGGCAGCUAUGAAGAUGAAGCUGACAGACACCUCUGAGAAGCCUUUGUGGAGGACAGUAGUGAACAUCAACGGCAUCAUCCUGCUAGCUGUAGCUGUCUUUUGCCAUGCAUACUUUGCCUGA